AUGCCGCUCUACGACUGUAUGCUUCUGUUCAAGCCAAUUGUUCGGAAGGAAGGCCUCAUCGAGCUCGUCGCGCGAAUCGGGAAACACGUUUACAAUAGAAAUGGCGUCCUCACCGAGGUCAAAUCCUUUGGCAAGGUCGAAUUGGGUUACGGUAUUCGGAAGCUCGACGGAAGACACUAUCAGGGACAACUGAUGCAGAUAACAAUGAUGGCAACUCCAAACAUGAACAAGGAGCUUCACUACCUCAACAAAGAAGACAAACUUCUGCGCUGGCUCCUCGUUAAACACCGUGGCAUUGAGAUUGGAUCAACGGAGCGUGAAGAUGAGUCUAACAGACUUACUAAUACCACCACAUUUGAUGAAUCUUCAUCUGACGAAGACGACGAUAUUUUUAGGUUGAUAUACUUUUCAAGGUAUAGAAAAGUAUGGAUUGUUCAGAGGAUUCUUCUGUACUUCAAGAGCCUCCUGACCCCGAAGUGCUCGAAGUUGAUCCAACUUAUCGAUAUAUACGGUUAUAAGGCGUUUGAUGAAGUAGAUGGAAUCGAAGUAGCGUGGAACCAAGUACGAAUAGAUGAUGUUUUGCAGUCACCGAAUUCUCUAGAGAGGCUUUAUUCCGAAGUGCGUCUUUUGAAAUCAUUGAAACACGGCAAUAUCAUUAGGUUCUAUAACUCAUGGAUCGAUGACAAGAACAAGACUGUCAACAUAAUCACUGAGCUUUUCACUUCUGGGAGUCUCCGACACUACCGUAAGAAACACAGAAAGGUGAAUAUGAAGGCAGUGAAAUGUUGGGCGAGACAGAUUUUAACAGGGUUGAGAUAUCUUCACAGUCAAGAGCCGCCUAUUAUACAUCGUGACCUCAAAUGUGAUAACAUUUUCAUCAAUGGAAACCAUGGAGAAGUCAAAAUAGGUGAUCUUGGUCUUGCCACUGUCAUGGAGCAAGCAAAUGCCAAAAGUGUCAUUGGAACACCAGAGUUUAUGGCACCGGAGCUAUACGAUGAGAACUACAACGAGCUGGCUGAUAUAUAUUCAUUUGGGAUGUGUAUGUUGGAGAUGGUGACAUUUGAAUACCCUUACUGUGAAUGCAAAAACUCUGCUCAGAUUUACAAGAAGGUCUCAUCGGGAAUAAAACCUGCUUCACUCUCUAGGGUUCAAGACCAAGAAGUGAAGCAGUUUAUUGAGAAAUGCUUACUUCCUGCAUCCGAGAGGUCAUCAGCAAAAGAUCUUCUCUUGGACCCUUUUCUUCAGGUGAAUGGUUUAACGAUGAACAACCCUUUGCCACUUCCGGACAUUGUAAUGCCCAAAGAAGGUGCGUUUGGAGAGCGUUGCCUUAUGUCUGAAGGCCCUCCUACAGCAAGGCGUAGCAUACCCAUGUCUAUAGAUCUCGAUGAAGACAAUAACCUUCCCAUUGUUACUUACAGCGAAAACUCAGGAUCCAGGUGUAUUGAGGUUAGACGCGCAAAGAGAGGGAACUUCUUUGUUCUCAAGGGUGAAGAAAACGAUGAACACUCUGUCUCACUGAUUCUUCGUAUAGUAGAUGAGAAUGGACGUGUGAGGAACAUUCAUUUCUUGUUCUAUCAAGAAGGUGACACUGCUUCUAAGGUGUCGAGUGAGAUGGUUGAGCAACUCGAGCUAACUGAUCAGAACGUCACGUUUAUAGCCGAACUGAUCGAUAUAUUACUGGUGAACAUGAUACCAACUUGGGAAACCGAUGUGACGGUGGAUCAUCUCAUCCAUUCGCAGCUGAAUCAGAGCUCAAGAAGUCAUCACAGUGAAGCCAAGGCACAGAGGCAAGAGGAGCCUGCUUUUCAUGAUGCUUGUGAGUCGGUUAGUCACUCUUGGGCAUCGGAUUGCCCAAGAUCAGAUGAGGAAGAUAAGCAGUGUGUUGAUGCAAGUAAAGGAGAAGAAGAAGAAGAAGAAGAAGAGGCAACAGAACCGGUAAGUUUGGAGGAAGAGGAAAGUUUGAGACAGCAACUUGAGGAGAUAGAAGCUAAGUAUGAAGAAGAGAUGAAAGAGAUAGGAAAGAAAAGAGAAGAAGCAAUAAUGGAGACGAAGAAAAAGCUGUCGCAGAAGAAGGUGGAACAAGCUGAUUAA